AAAAAAACACGGCAUUAUGCGUUCAAAAAACCAUGAAUCUUUAAGAUAUAUUAAAGGAGUCUAACACACGUUAACAAGGAAAGAAAACUCAUACCAAAAGUAUGAAAUCUAUCUAGAUACCGUAAGUUUAAUGCACUGCUUUGAAUAACUGUAAUGCAGAUUGCAGUUUCUUUGUUCUCUGUUUACAAAAAGAACGCAAGGUGCUUUUCUCCUUCCUUCAGGAAUUACUUUUUUCCUAUGGAUGCCACUUUGUUUAAAGGUUUUAGUAAAGAAAGGUUUUAGAGCAAGAAUUAAAAAAGAACGCGAGAUAGCUUCAGGUAUUAAGUCAAUUGUGAGAUUCUUAAUUGGAAUAUAUAACACUCGAGAGAUAAGAGUAAGUCCCCUUUUUGUUUUGCUUUCUGCAAAAUUAUAGAAUUUGAAUUUUUUUAAGUGCAAAAUAUCUCUCUUUUGUUUGCAUUAAACCAUCUUUUUAAGGCUUACUUUUGGAAUAUUGGGUAUUAACACAAUACUGAUAAAAGAAGUAGCCGUGUUUUUUUUUUCUUUCUUUCUUUCACUCGUCUUUCUUUUAAAUUUUACUUAUUUGUAUUGGAGAUUUUAUGGGGAAUCAAACGUCAAAGCUAAGAAAUGCCGAGCAGCCCUGGAUUGAGCAGGGACAGAAAGAAAAAUUUUUCAGCAUCUCUCAAUUUAAACUGUGCAAUGUUGUCGGCAAAGGCAGUUGGAGUACUGUUUUCGUGGUGAAAGAUCGUAGCAGCAAACAAAAGUUUGCUUUAAAAUGCAUAAACAAGAAAAAACAUAAUCCUGGAAAGAUAAAACAACUCCUUACCGAAGUUUCCCUUUUACGUUCUUUAGACCAUCCUCUUCUGUGUAGAUUUUAUUCUGAAUUCCAAGACGAUAACAAAAUCUACCUUGUCUCCGAUCUAAUGUUGGGUGGUGACCUUCGAUACCAUAUAGCGCAAAACCGGUUUCAAGAAUCUGUUGUAUGUGUUUGGAUUGCUGAAUUGGCUUCUGCGCUCAUCUAUAUCCAUUCCAAAGGCAUCUUACACAGGGACAUAAAGCCAGACAAUAUCCUCCUCGAUGAAUAUGGCCAUUGUCGACUGGUCGAUUUUAACGUAGCUUCCCGUCUUUCACAACAAACACCUGACGGAAAAGGUUUUGUGAAAGGUCGGGUGGGCACACCUGCCUAUAUGUCCCCAGAAACACUUGUUCACGCCAUCAGUUACCGAGAAUCAGAUUGGUGGUCCUUGGGAAUCACCAUGUAUGAAUGUCUACUACAGACUAGACCUUUCUCUAGUACUAUGGUAGUCAACUGGAUACGUUCUUCCGAAAAAGAAAAAAACUCUCUCCUCGAAACAAUGUGCUCCUCGCUUGAACUUCGAAAUAACAAGCAAUUAGACGUUUUAUCCAAAGAAGCACGUGUUGCUAUUCAAGGAUUCUUAGAACCAUCUAUAAAAAACCGAUUUGGACAUAAUGAAAACAAGAUUCCGAAUAUAUCUUUCUUUUCGUCUGUCUGCUUUGAUACCAUCUCCCAGGGGAAAUGGGCCCCUAAAUUCAGACCAAAAUCUGGUAAGCUAUACGCUGACCCUAUUUUAGAAUUGGAAGCAACCUUUUGAUUCUUUGGUUUUGUGUUCUAAUCUCUCCCCUUAUAAUGAAACCUUCUUCUUCCUAGGAAUUUACGACAUUAUAUACAUCGUUCAUGUUUAUCUUGCUGACUGACUUAUUUAAUUCUCACUUCAUUUUAAUGACAAAAUCUAUUGUCAAUCACUAUAGAGCUUAAUGAUUAACCCUUACUUUUUUGUUUUUGUUUUUUUUUUUAAUUUACAACCUCUUAGAUCAUACCUUCUCUCUGACCUAUAUGACAAUACCAAAUUUAUUAACCUCCAACCGUUUGGAUUUAUGUCAUAUCUAAACUCUAAGAACCAUAAAACGUUUUCUCUAAAUUUAAUUUACCCAUUACUGCGUCCUCAGCAGUCUCCAAAAACCCUGUAACAAUUGUGACCUUAGGAAAUAUAAAAGCCAGUGUCUUGAUACUUUCCACAAAAGAAACAUAGACAACAAUAAUAAUGUUCUCUUCUGGUACACCAAAGUCAACUAAGAUUUGAGUUGCCAUUAAUACGUCCGUGCUGGUUGUCAAUUGAGAAGCUAUGAGAAUUACAUUUGUCCCAGCAAUCCCCCGAGGAAGUUUAUGAUAUUGAAGACUUGGUUCAUUGGUGACCUGAUUCACACGUACGAGAACCUUUCCCAACCGCACGUUAGGAAACUGUCGACAAAGGGCUGUUUCCAAAGUACCACCGGAGCCUAAAACAGAAACACCGCAUAGCUAAAAAAAAAAGUCGGUUAGCUUACUGUAAAAAAAUGACAUAAUGUUGCUAACUAGUAAUACCUCUUUUGCUAGUUGUAAUCCUUUCCAUGUAUCUCCAUUGUGAAGUGUAAUAACUUUGUCCUCAUACAUCAAGGAAUCGCCAGCCAGGUUCAUCAACAUUGUUCCUAUACGACUUAAAUAAAACUGCAUAUUAUCUGCAUCAGUUUCUUUAUUUACGAGUAUAGUUUUAAUAGCCUCAAUUUCAGGAGUCUGACGGAGUUGAACAAGAUUCAAAGGUAAAUUGGGAAUAGUAGGAACAAUUUGCUGUAAAGAGUCGAUGUUUUCUCGGUGACUUAAGCUUUGUACAGACAAAGUCCUCUUAAUAAAUUUUAUAACCAUUUCUAAAAGUUAAGCCAGUUAGUAAACAAAAAGAAAAGCGAUCCUUCAAUGACAGAUCUGAAUAUUGAAACUUACCAAUGGCCACUUUAUUAUCACGACCACGAGGGACAAUUAUAUCUGUAUAAACUGAUUGCUUCCGUACAAAAUUAUCGUAACUUGGUUUAACAAAACGAUCAUACUGAUGAAGUACACCCCGAAUAUCACGACCACGGUAAUUGAUGUCCCUAUUUAAUCUACGAGAUAAACAAACAUCUGAAUCAGUCUCAAGGAAAACAGAGACGUCAAGAAGGGAGCGAACUCUUUCAUCAUAUAAAGCAAAAAUUCCCUCAAUGACAAUUAUACUAGCACCGAACAAAGUAGACGUUUCAGGAAGGCGAUCGUGUUCGUGAAAGCUAUAAAUCGGGAUGUCAACUUUACGACCUCGUUUGAGCUCUAAUAAAACAUUAUACAGCAAACCCCAGUCGAUGGCUUCUGGAGAAUCAAAAUCAUAUUCAUUUCGAUAAGCUUGUUGUUUUUGUUCAGUGGUCAAAGGCUUGUAAAAGGAAUCUAAGGACAAAAUUACCACAUUUGGUAAAUUUAAAGCUUUUACAAUUAAUCGGGCGACUGAGGUUUUCCCACUUCCAGAGGGACCUGCAAUGCCUAUGAAUCGUAUACGUCUCCAAGGAGGUUCAUACAGGUUUUUUAAAGUUUCUUUGUUAGCUUGAGCAAUUUCCAUGGCGUGUUAAGCUUUAAAAACAAGAAAGGAAAGAAAAAAAGCAGAAAAAAAAAAAGACUGAUAUAGAAUGUGAGACGGGAAAGCAGAGAACAGCAAUUUGAUAUAAGAUACACUUGAUUUACUCGGAAUCUUUUAAUGCUAACAAAUUGAUCAUGAAGUUUUUCUUUACAAAAGCUCUUCAAGAGAAAGUACACCUUUAGUCGAAGAAUCACCUACUCAACGCAGCCAAACGUAGCCAAAAGAAACCACGAAAUUAUAAAUGAAAAAUCUAGGGAAGUGAAAUGAAGCGUUGCAGGUAUUUCUUCCCAAAACACACGUUUGAAAGGUGUAGUGGUUCGUAAACAAAGAUUUAUCACAGCUUUUUACAUUAGGUAGCAGCGAUUAUGUUACUUUGUGUUAUGGUUUCUACCGCGGCAGCAUCCGAAAGCAAUUAAAUAAAAACUUGAAAGUUGUAAGCAUUAGAAACGACUUGAUGGACUCUUAUUCUUGUUCUUUUCAACGUAGAAGAUAAGCAACCUGGUUUUUAUAUCCUGCGAUUACCACCUUUCAUAGCAACGAAUAUGUGAACGAAGUAGCUCAUUCAAUUCGGUGAUAGAAACGAUUCGAAUUUUUUUAUAUUUGUUGUUUUCUUCCAUAUUUUAGCUAACAGAAUUUUCAAAACUUGCAUUAUGAUGAAUUCUUUAUAUUGCUUUUUUUUGUUUACGUAAACAAACCAAAUAUUUUCAAAAAAGUAAAUAAAUAAAA